AUGCCUUCUUCUUUCAAAGAUUACCAGAAUGUACGACUUGUUGUCGACUGCACUGAAAUACCUGUCUCGCAACCUAAAUGCCUCAAAUGUGCGUUACGGUGCUACUCAUUUUAUAAGAAGUCUUUCACUUGCACUUGCAAGUACAUGAUUUCUGUAACCCCUGGUGGUGUAAUAGCACAUAUAAGCAAAGGCUAUGGUGGCCGUGCUUCAGAUAAGGCUAUAUUUGAGCAAAGCAAUGUACUUGACUUGCUUGAUCCCGUAAGUGAUGCAGUUAUGGCUGACCGUGGAUUCUUAAUAGAUUGUGUGUGUGAAAACCGCUUAAUUGAUCUAGUAAGACCACCAUUUAAGAAGGAGAAGCAAAUGACAAGGAGAGAUGCAAUGCGGACUCAGAAGAUCGCCUCGGCUAGAGUGCAUGUUGAAAGGGUUAUUCAAAGACUCAAGAUCUUUAAAAUUUUGACUUCGAAAGUCCACUGGACAGACGUUCCUCUGCUUGAUGACAUUAUGGUUGUGCUUGCUGGCAUCACAAACUUGUCAGCACCUAUCCUCAAGCCAGAAAGAUUUCUCUGA